UAGCUUAGGAAGGAACAAAGGAGGCGGGGAAAGACGAAGAGGGUGCGGUCGGCAGCCCCUCCUCUUUUGUCUGCGUCGCGUCUCCUCAGUUGAGUGCACUCCAGUUCCGGAGUGUGGAGGUGGCUUUGGCGAACACCGGGUGCCGAGGACUACUAAUUCUGGGCACGGGUCAUCAUCUUCCCACCCGAGGGUUUCGGAUGCGGGCCAACUCUCCUUGGCUCUGCCCUCGGUGAUGCUCGGAGGGAGACUCAUGGUCCGUCGGGAAGUUAAAGCCGAGAGAACGCUACUGAAUAUGGCCUUUGGAUCAGAGUUACACAGUCUAUCGAGAGAAGGCUAAGUAACUAUUUUGCUGCAAGUGCGCUGAGGAAUGAGCAGCUUGCCACAGAGAAGGACCUGCUGCUAUUCCUUCUGUCUGGCUUUAGCUAAAGGCUGUCGUCUCACUGUUCAUUUUCUGUUCCUCCUUCUCAACCAGGGAUGAAAACGUCCUCUGCAUGAAAAAUGACCCUUUUAAGUAUCAAAUCUGAAGUCUGGGUGUACUCUCUGAUUACACUAGGAACUGAAAUGUUAAGUUCUUUCUUCAGUUUCUACUAUGUGAAACUUUUCUUGGAGGUAUACAAGAUUUCCAAGUCGGCCUUCUGCCAGGCCCAGGUAAUUUUAAUGAUAUGGAAUAUCCUGACUGACCUGAGUGGGUAUUUCCACAUGAGCUCUCAGUAUGACUGCUGUCUCAGUUACCGUUGCUCCCUGCUUGGAGCCCUUCUGCACGCAGUGGCCUUCUUGCUCCCUUGGUUCCCUUGGAAACACUAUAGAGAAAGUGACUGGCUUAUUGGACUCCAGCUGGUAGCCUCCCUGUGCGCAUUUGACAGCACCCACGCCUGGGUGCAGCAAGCCCAGUGGCGCCUGUUUGCAGAGACUUCCCCCAGGCAGGAGAGCAGGCUGCAGCUGACCAGAAUUAACCAAGUGGCAUCCCUGGUGGGCUCCGUCAGCAUCCUUUUCUGUGGCCUCAUCUCUCACAACAUGGAAAUCCUGCCCAAUUUUCAAGCCACGUCUGUCGCCAUUGCCUUCCUGGCAUCUCUCAGCUUUUACAGUGGCAUGUUCAAUGUGAGACAGUUUGAGUUUAAAAGAAACCCAGAGGAAAACGUCCUCUCCGAGAGCGAACAGGAGUUGGCAAGGACCUCCGUCAUCUUACUGAUGAGACAAAUCUUGUCUCAGAGGAACUUCUACCUUUUCCUCAUCAUGAAUUUCUUCCAGGUCUUCCAUUUGACCAUCUUCAGUAACUUCAUGAUGAUCUUUGUCGAUAACCUCAUUCCCACUGAGGCUCUCUCUUCUUCCGUAAGGAGCAUCAUGUAUGGAGCAGGCUUCAUCUGCCCUCAGAAGACUUUUAGAUCUUCAGGACAGCAUGUUUAAUUCGGUCUGUGUGGUCUCCCUGGGCAUCGCGACAGUGCAGAUUUUGACUUGGAGCUCCUUCUCCGUCAGGAACAGAAGAGACUGCUCAGGGACGGUGUAAGCAUAGAGCCUGUGCCACCACUUCAAGUGCUUGUCAUGUCCUCCAGGUUAUGCUGUGCUCAAGGGCGCUCUCAGAAACAUUCUUUAUACCCUCUCAUUUGUUUAAAAUCCAGAGCAAAUAAAGUAAAACCCGACAGCGUGUUAGGAGUGUUUUUCGACUUUCUAAGUUAAGGUCUUUCCAAGGAAUUUUUCCUGGUGUUCUUAGAGCCUGGGACCUGGGACUCUUCACCACUGGACUGCCUUCUGUGACGAGAAUCCACCCAUCAGCAUACACUGCUCCUUUUUUUUUUCUUAUUUAGUUUUUAUUCAUAAUCAUAAACUUAACUUUGCAAUCCAGCUAGACUUGAAGGGGAAUGAGGAAAAUAUGGAACCCAAAGAACUUCAGUGAGAGCAGAGAUUACAGGACAUUGCGAGCAGAUGGGGUAGGGAUGUUCUCCUGAGCUACAGAAGGAAUGGUUUGAUGGGUAAAAUGCCCGCAAGUCAAAAGAAAUUAGAGUUGUCCACAGUCGGAAAUGGUGAUCUUCUUGCUGGUCUUGCCAUUCCUGGACCCAAAAUGCUCCAUGGCUUCCACAGUGUUCAUGCCUUCUUUCACCUUCUCGAAGACCACAUGCUUGCCAUCCAGCCAUUCAGUCUUGGCAGUGCAGAUAAAAAACUGGGAACUGUUUGUGUUUGGUCCAGCAUUUGCCAUGGACAAGAUGCCAGGACCUGUAUGCUUCAGGAUGAAGUUCUCAUCCUCAAAUUUCUCUCCGUAGAUGGACCUGCCGCCAGUGCCAUUAUGGCGUGUAAAGUCACCACCCUG